AUGGCGUUUGGCACAAUGACGUCUUUGCUUGGCAUGAUACCCCUCCUGGCGAUCGGCAUGAACUUCUAUCGCUAUCAAAGCGUCGAUCCCGAGAACAAGGUGCAGGAGGCACAAACCGUGCGUCGCCAAUAUGACUUCGUUGUGGUGGGCGGUGGCUCAGCUGGCGCCGUGGUGGCAAAUCGACUGUCCGAGGUCCGCAAUUGGACGGUGCUGCUUCUCGAGGCGGGCGGCGACGAGACCGAGAUCUCCGAUGUACCUGCUCUGGCAGGAUAUCUGCAGUUAACCGAGCUGGAUUGGAAGUAUCAGACAACCCCCUCCUCCACACGACAGUAUUGCCAGGCGAUGAAGGGCGAUCGUUGCUUCUGGCCACGCGGCAAGGUUCUAGGUGGUAGCUCUGUGCUCAAUGCCAUGGUGUAUGUGCGUGGCUCGCGUAACGACUACGACCAUUGGGCAUCGCUGGGCAACCCAGGCUGGGGUUAUAACGAGAUGCUCAAAUACUUCCUCAAGUCGGAGGAUGUGCGAAAUCCCUAUUUGGCCGCCACACCCUAUCACGAAACAGGCGGCUAUCUCACCGUACAAGAGGCCCCUUGGCGCACACCUCUCUCCAUUGCCUUCCUUCAGGCGGGCAUGGAAAUGGGAUACGAAAACCGUGAUAUUAAUGGCGCCCAGCAAACGGGCUUUAUGCUCACCCAGAGCACCAUACGUCGCGGGGCCCGUUGCAGCACGGGCAAGGCUUUCAUCCGACCAGUGCGUCUGCGCAAAAAUCUUGACGUAUUGCUGCACGCGGAGGCCACACGGCUGAUUAUCGACAAGCAGAAGCGUGCAGUGGGCGUGGAAUAUAUGAAGGCCGGUCGCAAGCAGCUGGUGUUCGUGCGGCGUGAGGUUAUCGUGAGUGCGGGCGCACUAAACACACCCAAGCUGCUCAUGCUGAGCGGCAUUGGACCAGGCGAACAUCUACAGGAGCAUAACAUACCCGUCAUCUCAGAUUUGCCCGUGGGCAACAACAUGCAGGACCACGUGGGCUUGGGCGGCCUCACGUUUGUAGUGGAUGCACCCCUCACCGUGACUCGCAAUCGCUUUCAGACUAUUCCAGUCUCCAUGGAAUACAUCCUACGCGAGCGCGGACCCAUGACCUUUUCGGGUGUGGAGGGCGUGGCCUUUGUAAAUACGAAGUUCCAGGACCCAGCAGUCGACUGGCCUGACGUACAGUUCCAUUUCUGUCCCAGCUCGAUUAACUCAGAUGGGGGCGAGCAGAUACGCAAGAUUCUGAAUUUACGCGACGGCUUCUAUAACACCGUCUACAAGCCACUGCACAACAGCGAAACUUGGUCUAUACUGCCACUGCUGUUGCGGCCCAAAAGCAGCGGGUGGGUGCGCCUCAACUCACGGAACCCGCAGCAGCCGCCAAAGAUCAUACCCAACUACUUCGCGCACCAGCAAGACAUUGACGUACUGGUCGAGGGCAUCAAGUUGGCCAUCAAUGUGUCCAACACACAGGCCUUCCAACGCUUCGGCUCGCGACUACACAACAUUCCGCUGCCCGGUUGUCGGCAUCUGCCGUUCCAAUCGGACGCCUACUGGGCGUGCUGCAUCAAGGAGUUCACCUUCACCAUCUAUCAUCCAGCCGGCACGUGUCGCAUGGGCCCCAGUUGGGAUGUGACUGCGGUGGUGGAUCCACGAUUGCGUGUCUACGGCGUCUCUGGCAUACGCGUGGUGGACGCCAGCAUUAUGCCCACCAUUGUCAAUGGCAAUCCUAAUGCCCCGGUCAUUGCCAUCGGGGAGAAGGCCUCGGACAUGAUCAAGGAAGAUUGGGGCGCACGCAAAGCACCACCCGCUAAGGCCGGCUGAAACGGACCUUAGUUAGUUCCGCUCAACGUAUUUCGCUAAUUUCAUAAACUAGUCAAUUGCG